UGUAGAAAAAUGAUACACUGACGUUUCUGCGUGCACUUCUAGGAAGAGUGUAGCUGUAUUUUUAUAUUGCAGUUUAUUGGCCCAUAAAAGACAAUGUAAUAACAAAAGUAACAGUAACUUUGUGCAAUAGUAGCAGUUCCCCUCUCACUGACUGGACAUGAGUGAUCAAAGGUCUUUGCAAGAAGAUAAGCACAAAGUUAGCAGAACUUCCUCAAAGUUCAGGGAGUCUUCAAGAAGCAUGCAAUCUGAUGAUUAUUUUGCUAGAAAACUUAAAGCUUUGAAUGGUAGCAUGGGUCCUCCUGUUUCUUCAAAUGUAUCUAGCAAAACUGAAAAUAAUCAAACAAAUGGUACACCAGCUGUGCCCAAAAUGGGUGUUCGAGCAAGGGUAUCUGAAUGGCCUCCUAAAAAGGAUUGCUCUAAAGAGCUGGGUAAAGCUCCGUGGGAAAACAGACCUCCAGCCAGUUAUGAGAGUGUUGGCUCAGUACUUCCAAAUGGACAAAAUGACCAAAGUGAUGCACAGCAAGAAGAGCUAGAAUUGGAAUUUACAGAGGGAAAAUACUCAAUUGGAGAGCUUUUUGUUCAUUCCCCUCAAAGGGGACUUCAUCCCAUAAGGCAAAGAAGCAACAGUGAUGUCACAAUAAGUGAUAUUGAUGCUGAAGAUGUGUUAGACCAGAAUGCUGUUAACCCAAAUACUGGAGCAGCUCUUCAUAGAGAAUAUGGCAGUACCUCUUCAAUUGAUAGACAAGGCUUGUCUGGAGAAAAUUUUUUUGCAAUGCUAAGAGGAUACAGAGUGGAAAAUUUUGAACAUAAAACUCUUGCUCCAUUUGGAUUUUCUGAGUUUUUCCACUGUGAUCCUACAGUUUCUCCAAGUCUACAUGCUGCAACGCAGAUUUCCAGGGGAGAAUUUGUCAGGAUUUCUGGCUUGGAUUAUAUGGAUAGCGCCCUACUUAUUGGUCGAGAUAGGGAGAAAUCUUUCAAGAGGAGACUAAAAUCGGAAGCAGUAGAAACAUCUCUAUUUAGAAAACUACGAACGGUUAAAAGUGAGCAUGAAACUUUUAAGUUUUCGUCUGAUCUGGAUGAUAGACUUGACAGAAAUGUUCGUUCUUGGAACUGUCAGAAGUGUUUUGCGCACUAUGAUGUUCAGAGCGUUUUGUUUAACAUAAAUGAAGCAAUGGCUACCAGAGUAAAUGUAGGAAAAAGAAAAAAUAUAACCACUGGGGCUUCAGCUGCAUCACAAACUCAAAUGCCAGCAGGCCAAACAGGAAACUGUGAAUCUCCUUUGGGAAGCAAAGAGGACCUCAAUUCAAAAGAGAAUUUAGAUGCUGAUGAAGGAGAUGGGAAAAGCAAUGAUUUAGUACUGAGUUGCCCUUACUUCAGGAAUGAAACUGGUGGGGAAGGAGAUAGACGGAUUGCACUUUCUAGGGCAAAUUCAGCAUCUUUUUCUUCAGGUGAAAGUUGUUCUUUUGAGUCCUCUCUGAGUUCCCAUUGCACAAAUGCUGGUGUUUCAGUGCUGGAAGUACCAAGAGAAAACCAGUCCAUUCACAGAGAGAAAGUGAAGCGUUACAUCAUAGAACACAUUGAUCUUGGAGCAUAUUACUACCGCAAGUUCUUCUACGGAAAAGAGCAUCAGAACUACUUUGGAAUAGAUGAAAAUCUUGGACCUGUAGCAGUCAGUAUCCGGAGGGAGAAGGUUGAAGAUGCCAAGGAGAAAGAAGGAUCUCAGUUCAACUAUCGUAUAGUUUUCAGGACAAGUGAGCUUACUACACUUAGAGGAGCAAUUUUAGAAGAUGCUAUACCAUCCACUGCUCGGCAUGGCACAGCAAGAGGUCUACCUCUCAAAGAGGUACUAGAGUAUGUAAUACCAGAGCUGAGCAUUCAGUGCCUGAGGCAGGCUUCCAACUCACCCAAAGUACCUGAACAGCUGCUUAAACUGGAUGAACAAGGGGUAUGUAUAUAGCACAUGACUUUUCUUUAAAGGCUAUUCAUU